UUUUCUGUUACAGACAAACUCUACUGUUUAACACUAAUCUCUCAUUUCUUCCCAGAAAUAAAUAACCCCAAAAAUAAAUAAUAUAAAUAAAAAUAUUUAUUUAUUUUUAAUUUUUUCUAUUUUUAUUUAUUUAUUUAUUUUCUUCAAACCCUAAAAACUCCAUCAAUGGCGAUCGCAUCUCCAUCUGCUCCGACCUUCUCAGCUUCCUUCUGCUGCACACGCACGGAGUCGCCGGCAACCGCCUUCUCACGAUUCCCUUCCAUUGCUUUAACUAACUCCCAACGCAAUCGAACUCUCCGAUUAACUCGUCGACUCGCCGUAUCUUCGCGUUUCAAUUCCUCGACUCCGUCCGGUGCCGGUGGCUCCGUUUCCCCAGACAACGGCGAUUUACAGUACGAGUUUUUUCAUGGAUUCUCGCCUCAGCGCCGGAGAAGAGGAUCGCCGGUUUUCGUCACGCUUCCGGUGGAUGCCGUGGGUCCCGCCGGGCAAGUCCGGCGACGGAAAGCGAUGGCGCAGUCGUUUAGGGCUUUAGCUGCGGCUGGAGUUGAGGGUGUGGUUAUGGAGGUGUGGUGGGGUCUAGUGGAGAGGGAUCGGCCUAGGGUUUAUAAUUGGCAAGGGUAUUUGGAAAUUAUUGCUUUGGCUCGAAGGUGUGGAUUGAAAGUUCGAGCUGUUAUGGCUUUUCAUCAAUGUGGCACUGGUCCAGGGGACCCUCAUUGGAUUCCUCUUCCCCUCUGGGUACUUGAAGAAAUAGAUAAAAAUCCAGAUUUAGUAUAUUCUGAUAGAUUUGGUCGAAAGAAUAUGGAAUACAUUUCCCUUGGAUGUGAUGUCCUCCCUGUUCUGUCUGGCCGUUCACCAAUCCAAGCAUACACAGAUUUUAUGACGAAUUUCAGAGAUGCUUUUAGACCUUUUCUGGGUGCUAUUAUUACAGGAAUUCAGGUUGGGAUGGGUCCUGCUGGUGAGCUAAGGUAUCCUUCAUGCCCUAGCCAAAAGCUAACAUGGGCUUGGCGUUCUCGCGAACUUGGAGAGUUUCAAUGCUACGAUAAGUAUAUGCUUGCGUCUCUCAAUGCUUGUGCAAGGGAGAUUGGGAUGCGUGAGUGGGGAGAUGGGGGCCCUAUCGGCACUGGCAAUUUGAUGCAGAAUCCUGAACAAACGGAGUUUUUCAAAAGUGAUACCGGAUCUUGGAAUACACCUUAUGGACAAUUUUUUCUUGAAUGGUACUCUGGAAUGUUGCUUCUGCAUGGAGAGAGGAUUUGUAAAGAAGCUGAGACUGUUUUUCGGGGCACAGAAGUUAAUACAUCAGCAAAAGUGGCUGGAAUCCACUGGCAUUACAGCACACAGUCUCAUCCAUCAGAAUUGACUGCUGGCUACUACAAUACUUUAACUAGGGAUGGAUACCUACCUAUUGUUCGUAUGUUCGGCAAGUAUGGUUUCACUUUGUGCUGCUCAUGCUUCGAAAUGCAAGACAAAGACGAGAAACAGAUAAACCCUGUGAGCAGCCCAGAGGGAUAUCUCAAGCAGUUGCUAUUGGCGGCUAGGAUGUGUGAUGUACCACUCGAGGGAGAAAACGCUGCAUCAAAUUUGGAUGAUGGAUCGUUCCAACAGGUGGUGAAGAUGUCAAAGUUUUACUCCGACGGUCUAGAGAAACCCUCCUUCUCAUUCAACUUUGUGAGGAUGGACAAGAACAUGUUCGAAUAUCAAAAUUGGGUUCGAUUUACUCGUUUCGUAAGGCAAAUGUCGAAUGCAAAUAUUUUUCGAGCCAAGCUAGGUUUUCGGGGCGAUAUCCAUCAGUUUCUAACAUCCAGGUCAGAUGCAAAGUUUGGAAUUGCUUUUGCUUAUUGUUAGAGAAAAAAGAUAUUUCAUUUGCACCACUUAGCAAAUGUUAUUAUUAUAUUUAAAAAAAAAAAAACCACAAAACCACCAUUGCUGUGAAUAUAAGGAUAGUAUGAUCACUUUCUGAUCUUACUAUUUUGAUAAGUGUGGUAAUGGCUUCAUUUUUUCCCCUUAAUGAAUCUCUUAGUCUUUUUUCUUCUUUA